CUCUCGUGUACAGACCGAUAAGCGCUUAUUGCGAGUCGCCCUCGUCGUCAACGUAGACGCCAAAAAAAAAAUAGAAAAUAACAAAAAAACUUGAACAAAUCAAAACAAUACAAAUAAAUUCGAAGUAAACCAACUAAUGAUAAACAGUGUAUAUGCUUCUUAAUUGAAUGCAGCAAAACAUAUUGGGUAAUGCCCAACAACAACAACAACUACAACAACAACAACAACAACAACAACAACAACAACAACAACAACAACAACAACAACAACAACAACAGUAAACAGUGCAGCAUCAGAAGCGGCGACAGCGGAUUGCAUCCAUUUUGCUCUCUUGCGCUUUGUUAGUGGUAUUCUGUGUGCGUGUUUUGUGCUAGUGUCACAGUAUGUGCCCGUGUGUGUGAGAAGAAAGAAAAAAACUUGGAAGAAAGAAAAGAAAAAGUGAAACGACCGGCAGCGAAAGCAAAGUGAGCAAUAAAUAUAUACUUAUAUAUAUGUAUAUGUAUAUAUUUAUAUAUAAAUAAAACGCCAAUCAGUGCAAAUUAACAGCAGCAACAACAACAACAGCAAGUGCAAAGAACAACAUAUCGAUAAGUGAAAAGAUUAGAAAAAGUGUAAACAAACAGAAUUUAUGUGACAUCCGCGCUAGAGUGAUUCCAAAAAUAUUUCGCUUUGUCAAAUUUUCUGUUGUCCCUUGAAUUUUCCAGCCGCUAUCAAGCUGAGGUUAAAAACGCUUAAGAUUGGAUUAUGCUUCGGCACAAACGCAACAACAGCAACGACAACGUCACCAAGACAACGCACAGCGAGCAUGUGAGACGGCCCGGCACAGCAGAUGCUCUGCAUCCAAAUCUAAAUAGGAAUUCGCCCAUCCAGCGACAACAGUUCAAUCAGCAUCUCAAUCAGCGCGUCACCCUCUCCCUCGAGCUCUACCACAAGAACAUUAUCAAAAAACUAAUCGAGCUGAACAAAAUCAAUGUCUACAAAUUAACCAAAAACGUGUCCCAGACUUAAGAUACUUUCCGCAAAAAAAAAACCAAACCAAGCCACAAGGCGAGAACACUGUGCAACAAGUUGUUAGAGUUUCCCAAAACGAAAGUGCAAUAAGAAAGUGUGUGCAAAACAAAUAAGAAAAAAAAAACAAAAGGAAGCAGAAUAAGAAGCAGAAAAUGUCAAGUGUUAAAAAUGCUGCUGCCAGCCAAACGAGCCAAGUUCAACUCCUAAAUUCAUAGUAAAAACUCAAAGCGAAAAAAAAAA